UCUUCUGCGUCGUGAACGAGCACGUCGAAACGACGUUGACGUGAGGCUUCAAGAUGGCGGAAGCCUUGACGAGUCAGGAGGAACUGGCUGUGGAGGAGUUCCUGACUGAGGUGCGUAGCAGGGAACAUCCCCACAGUGCUGCUCUGGUCUCUCAGCCGACCGCCGUCAAAUUCCUCAUGGCGCGCAAGUUUGAUGUCUCCCGAGCAAUAGACCUCUUCCAGGCAUACAAGAACACGAGGAUUAAGGAGGGCAUCUUCAACAUUAACCCAGAAGAGGAACCUCUCCGUUCUGAACUGCUCAGCGGAAAGUUCACCGUCCUGCCUGGUCGUGAUGCAAAGGGUGCUGCUCUGGCUCUGUUCACCGCUCGUCUCCACCGCUCUGACGUCACUACCCAUAGGGCUGUGCUGCAGGCCAUCAUCUUUCAGCUGGACAAAGCCAUCGAGAGUGUUGACACCCAGAGAGAUGGUUUAAUAUUCAUCUAUGACAUGACCAACUCCAGCUAUGGGAACUUUGACUAUGAGCUCUGUGUCAAGAUCCUCGACCUCCUCAAGGGUGCGUUCCCAGCGCGUCUAAAGUGUGUGUUCAUCGUGUCGUCUCCUCUCUGGUUCAGAGCUCCCUUCGCCGUCCUCAGACUCUUCGUACGUGAGAAGCUGAGAGAGAGGGUGUGUACAGUGAAGGCCCACGAGCUGUCCAAUUACAUCCCAGUCUCUUCUCUUCCAGAGCACCUGGACGGAACCUCCCGGUACAGCCACGUUGCCUGGAUACAGACCUGCGUCAACACACACACCGCCCCAGGCGACGCGCACACACACCCGCAAGACACACACGACUGCGUGGGCAGCCUGUUGCUCUCGUACAGCCUGGAGCCUCGCAACGCGAACGCCGCCGCUACGUUAGCCGCUACGCAAACCUCCAUAGGCUCCCACUCAGAUUCGCCGCUGCUGUUAGCCUCCGAGCUAGCGUUAGCGGCUACGGCUAACUCCAACUGCUACGACGACAGUAAUGCUAACCCACACGUCCACUGUGGUACAGUGAACGGAAGGACUCGAGGCCGGGCCCAUAACAGCCCCCAGAGCUCUGGACCACAGAGGAAUCACCAACAUUGGAACGGCUCUACCCGAAACAGGGUCAAGGCAGGGUCGGGGGUCAAUGACGUUGUUGGGGUUGUUAGCGGCGCUAGCCCCAAUGCUAACAGCGUGAAUGGUCGCCAGCCCCCUCCCCAGUCGGACACGCCCCCAGCCACGCCCCCGGACACGCCCCCGGACACGAUGAGUGGCGGCUCAGAAACCCUCGUCGGCGGAACAGCGAACGAGGAAGAGCGGGAAGGAGAGGAGGAAGAGGAUGAGGUAGAUGGGGUGCCUCCUCUCCCUCAGAAGUCUCUCCCACGCCACCCUCAACCCCCGCCGUCCCAGUGCCCCUCACUCUGCGGCGCGUCACAGCCCGACGAGGACCCCUGUCCCCGGGAAGAGGUGUCAGUACACAUGCCUGACAGGGUAGGGAUGAACGUGUUGGAGCUGGUGGAGCACGUGAAGAAGAGGAAGAAGAAAGGAAUCUACCAGGAAUAUGAAGAGAUACGCAAGGAGCCUCCUACUGAAAGCUGUCCAAUCAGAUCAAGAACAGGUACAGUGAUGUCCUCUGUCUGGACCAAUCACGUGUCAGACUCUGCCAGCUCUGUGACGAUGAGGACGAGAUCUGUGCCUCAGCACAAUCCUGUCUCUGAGCUCUACGGACAAUUCCUUCAACCUCACGGCUUGGUUUUUGAUCUGACACGCACUGUCAACUAUGGGACCUUAUGUGGGACCUUAUAUAGACAGACGUCAGACUACAUCAAUGCUAGUCUUAUGGACGGCUACAAGAGGAGAAACGCUUAUAUCGCAACUCAGGGUCCUCUGCCGAAGACGUUUGGUGAUUUCUGGCGCAUGGUGUGGGAGCAGAUGGUGCUGAUAGUUGUCAUGACUACCAGGGUGGUAGAGCGUGGGAGAGUUAAGUGUGGUCAGUACUGGCCGAAAGAGGAGGGGACAACGGAGCAGCACGGACACUUCCUGGUUCGGAACACAUCCAUCCAGCUCUAUCAGGACUUCAGACUGUCUCACCUGGAACUAUACAACAGCCAGACAGGUGAGAGGAGGGAGGUCUCCCACUACCUGUAUGUCAGCUGGCCAGACUUCGGUGUGCCCAAGUGUGCGUUGGCCAUGUUGGAUUUCCGUGAGCACGUGCAGCAGCGGCAGGAGGCGGCGCUGAGGAGUCUGGGAGCUGAGUGGGUGGGACCCCCAGGUGGGCCACCGCUGGUCGUACACUGCAGCGCAGGCAUCGGACGCACAGGUACGUUCUGUACCCUGGACAUCUGUCUGUCCAGGCUGGAGGACAUUGGGACGGUGGAUGUGUGUGAGACAGUGAGGAGGAUGAGGACCCAGAGGGCCUUCAGUAUACAGACCUGGGACCAGUAUUACUACUGCUACACGGCCGUGAUCGAGUACGCACAGCGGCGCGGCAAACUGACCCCAGUACAGUGGUCCGAUUCAGACCUAGAGACAGACAGCGAGUGACGGGGAUGGGAUGAACGCAGGCUGAGGGAGGGAGGGGCAGGGAGAUGGAGGAGGGAUGGAGACGGGAUGUGUCCCAGGAAGAGGAAGAGCGUGGAGGAUGGGAUGAACGCAGGCUGAGGGAGGGAGGGAGGGACAGGAAGAUGGAGGAGGGAUGGAGACAGGAUGUGUCCCAGGAAGAGGAAGAGGGUGGAGGAUGGGAUGAACGCAGGCUGAGGGAGGGACAGGAAGAUGGAGGAGGGAUGGAGACAGGAUGUGUCCCAGGAAGAGGAAGAGGGUGGAGGAUGGGAUGAACGCAGGCUGAGGGAGGGAGGGAGGGAGGGAGGGACAGGGAGAUGGAGGAGGGAUGGAAACGGGAUGUGUCCCAGGAAGAGGAAGAGGGUGGAGGAUGGGAUGAACGCAGGCUGAGGGAGGGAGGGAGGGAGGGAGGGACAGGGAGAUGGAGGAGGGAUGGAAACGGGAUGUGUCCCAGGAAGAGGAAGAGGGUGGAGGAUGGGAUGAACGCAGGCUGAGAGAGGGAGGGGGGAGGGACAGGGAGAUGGAGGAGGGAUGGAGACAGGAUGUGUCCCAGGAAGAGGAAGAGGAAGAGGGUGGGAUGAACGCAGGCUGAGGGAGGGGCAGGGAGAUGGAGGAGGGAUGGAGACAGGAUGUGUCCCAGGAAGAGGAAGAGCGUGUGAAAGCUAAACGACUCUUGAGUUACUCCCCCAAAUCAUGAGGAGGAGAAGAUGAGAUGUAUCAACGAUUGAUUGACUGGUUGAUUGAAUGAUAGAGCAGUGUCCUGCCAUUUAGUAUGAUCUAAGAGGAGCUGGCCUGUCCUGGCCUGGCCUGUUUCUCCCAUAGAGCUAAGAGGAGCUGGCCUGUUUCUCCCAUAGAGCUAAGAGGAGCUGGCCUGUCCUGGCCUGGCCUGUUUCUCCCAUAGAGCUAAGAGGAGCUGGCCUGUCCUGGCCUGGCCUGUUUCUCCCAUAGAGCUAAGAGGAGCUGGCCUGUCCUGUCCUGAUCUGUUUCUCCCAUAGAGCUAAGAGGAGCUGGCCUGUUUCUCCCAUAGAGCUAAGAGGAGCUGGCCUGUCCUGGCCUGGCCUGUUUCUCCCAUAGAGCUAAGAGGAGCUGGCCUGUCCUGGCCUGGCCUGUUUCUCCUAUAGAGCUAAGAGGAGCUGGCCUGUUUCUCCCAUAGAGCUAAGAGGAGCUGGCCUGUUUCUCCCAUAGAGCUAGCUAGAGGGCUCUGCUUUGCACUUGUGCGACAAUGUCUUGUGUGACACAGCAUGUGCUGCCCCAUAGAGGCCUGUCUAAGUCUAUGGUCGCUCUCCCUAUCCCUCGUCGUACAUUCUAGUGACAAUGGCACACGACGACGAACGACCCACUGGACUGUCAACCUUCUUUUCUUCUUCUUCUUCUUCUUCUUCUUCUGUCUUAUUGGCCUUUAGUUCUAUGGUGAUGUAUUUCCUGUUUCUGACUUUUCACCCUGUUAGGUAAUGAAACCCCUCCGCCAGCCAAAGCCGCCGACUCCCAGAAUGCCUGAACGUACUGAUGAGCAUUAACACCCUGUAUAUUCCUGUAACAUACAUUUAUAUCUUGUGUUUACAAUAACAAUAAUAAUAAUAAUAAUAACAACUACAAUGUCUAAUGGAGGAAGAUGAAGGACGACAACAAGCCUUGUUUUAAUGUAAUUCUCUCUAACCUUGGGGUCAAUAAGCCUUGUUUUAAUAUAUUUCUCUAACCUUGGACAACAAAAGCCUUGUUUUAAUAUAAUUCUCUAACCUUGGGGUCAAUAACAAGCCUUGUUUUAAUAUAUUUCUCUAACCUUGGACAACAAAAGCCUUGUUUUAAUAUAAUUCUCUAACCUUGGGGUCAAUAACAAGCCUUGUUUUAAUAUAAUUCUCUCCAUUAUUGGGGUCAAUAACAAGCCUUGUUUUAAUAUAUUUCUCUAACCUUGGACAACAAAAGCCUUGUUUUAAAAUAAUUCUCUAACCUUGGGGUCAAUAACAAGCCUUGUUUUAAUAUAAUUCUCUCUAUUAUUGGUGUCAAUAACAAGCCUUGUUUUAAUAUAAUUCUCUCUGACCUCGGGGUCAAUAACAAGCCUUGUUUUAAUUUAAUUCUCUCUAACCUUGGGGUCAAUAACAAGCCUUGUUUUAAUAUAAUUCUCUCUAUUAUUGAGGUCAAUAAUAAGCCUUGUUUUAAUAUAAUUCUCUCUGACCUUGGGGUCAAUAACAAGCCUUGUUUUAAUAUAAUUCUCUCUAUCAUUGGGGUCAACAACGAGCCUUGUUUUAAUGUAAUUCUCUCUAUCAUUGGGGUCAAUAAGCCUUGUUUUAAUAUAUUUCUCUAACCUUGGACAAUAAAAGCCUUGUUUUAAUAUAAUUCUCUAACCUCGGGGUCAAUAACAAGCCUUGUUUUAAUAUAUUUCUCUAACCUCGGGGUCAAUAACAAGCCUUGUUUUAAUAUAUUUCUCUCUAACCUUGGGGUCAAUAACAAGCCUUGUUUUAAUAUAAUUCUCUCUAACCUUGGGGUCAAUAACAAGCCUUGUGUUCAUGUAAUUCUCUCUAUCCUUGGGGUCAAUAACAAGCCUUGUUUUAAUAUAAUUCUCUAACCUUGGUGACAGAUAUCUCUAUUAGUGGGCUGGAAUAUGACAACAGAAGAUUACCGAUUGGUCCUGUUGAUAUUGAAUACUCUGUUUUUAUUGGUCAGGUUGUAUGUCUUAUAACAGUUUGGGCAUCCUGGUUUUAGAUGAUCAGUUGGCCUUAACACUUCCUGUUUCACUGCCUCGGACCCUCCCUCUACUCUCUCUUCUUCCUGUUUCACUGCCUCGGGACCCUCCCUCUACUGUCUCUCUCUUAUUCCUGUUUCACUGCCUCGAACCCUCCCUCUACUGUCUCUCUCUCUUCUUCCUGUUUCACUGCCUCGAACCCUCCCUCUACUGUCUCUCUCUCUUUCUCUCUUCUUCCUGUUUCACUGCCUUACCCUCCCUCUACUGUCUCUCUUCUUCCUGUUUCACUGCCUCGAACCCUCCCUCUACUGUCUCUCUCUCUUUCUCUCUUCUUCCUGUUUCACUGCCUUACCCUCCCUCUACUGUCUCUCUUCUUCCUGUUUCACUGCCUUGACCCCUCCCUCUGGUCUGUCUCUUCCUGUUUCACUGCCUUGACCCCUCCCUCUGGUCUCUCUCUUCCUGUUUCACUGCCUUGACCCCUCCCUCUGGUCUCUCUCUUCCUGUUUCACUGCCUCGAACCCUCCCUCUAUUGUCUCUCUUCUUCCUGUUUCACUGCCUUGACCCCUCCCUCUGGUCUCUCUCUUCCUGUUUCAAUGCCUCGAACCCUCCCUCUACUGUGUCUCUCCAUUCCUGUUUCACUGCCUCAAACCCUCCCUCUACUGUCUUUCUCUCUUCUUCCUGUUUCACUGCCUCGAACCCUCCCUCUACUGUCUCUCUUCUUCCUGUUUCACUGCCUCGAACCCUCCCUCUACUGUGUCUCUCUAUUCCUGUUUCACUGCCUCACCCUCCCUCUACUGUCUCUCUCUCUUCUUCCUGUUUUACUGCCUUACCCUCCCUCUACUGUCUCUCUCUCUUUCUCUCUUCUUCCUGUUUCACUGCCUUGACCCCUCCCUCUGGUCUCUCUUCUUCCUGUUUCACUGCCUUGACCCCUCCCUCUGGUCUCUCUCUUCCUGUUCCUCUUCCUGUUCCCCGGGUUACGUUCCAAAAUGGCACCCCAUUCCCUAUUUGGUGUUGGAAAAGGUCACUCGUGCGCUAGUGCACUAAAUAUUUAGUGGUCAAAAGGGCUCUGGUCUAAAGGUAGUGCACCGUAAGGGAAUUAGGGUGCUGUUGAGGACACUUCCCUUCAUCUGAAGGUCUCAUGCUUCCUCAGAUAUGUGCCUUCCAGCUUUCCGUAGUUUGGUUGCUUUGUUGUUCAGGCCCCCCCCCCCCCCCCAAAAAAACGACCUGCGUACGUACUUACCUAAUAUACAUAAUGUCUACGUUCAAAAUGCCAUCCUAUUCCCUAUGAAGUGCCCUGUAGGUCUCCGGUCAAAAGUAGUUCACUAUAUGGGGAAUAGGGUGUAGUUUCUGACAUAGCCAUUGGCUGAGUCUCUCCGGCGACGCCCAUUUCUGACAUAGCCAUUGGCUGAGUCUCAGGUGAUGUAGUUUCUGACAUAGCCAUUGGCUGAGUCUCCGGCGACGCCCAUUUCUGACAUAGCCAUUGGCUGCGUCUCUCAGGCGACGCCCAUUUCUGACAUAGCCAUUGGCUGCGUCUCUCAGGCGACGCCCAUUUCUGACAUAGCCAUUGGCUGCGUCUCAGGUGAUGCUGUUUCUUUUCCCUUGUAGUGCACUAUAAACUAGUGCACUAUAAACUAGUGUACGACAGAGGGUGAACGGUGUUGAGACGAACAGCAGUCAUAUCAUUGGUGUUCAGGUGUUUUAAGUUCAUGCUGGUGUUUUUUGCCUCGUUGUCAAAAGAUCCCAUUUUCUGGUUUCGCCUCUUUGUGAUUAUCGUUUUAAAUAAGUUUAUCCCAUUUUAUUUUGUAUUUUAUACAGUUUAUACUGUAUUGUAUUCUAUCAUAUAUUUAUGUCUUUGUAAAAAAAAAAAAAAAAAAAAAAAAUUGUUUUAAAAAAAACGGACAAACUUAGUAUUGAAAAUCGAUGAAUGUUGGUACGAAUGAUGCUUGUAAAACAGAAUAAAUGCAUAACGAACU